AUGCAGCUAUGCGACCCUGGGGAGCUCACCAAGCUUUCGACCUCUUAUCAGAACUGUCCCGAGAGAUCCUAUCCCUGGCCCAUCCCCACCUUCUCCAAUGAAUUUGCCGAAUCCCUAGACUUCCAGAGCCCUUUGGUCAUUGCCAUGACGCACCAUCCGGUCGCCCGUGGUGGGAUGAGUCGCGCAUCGGAUGAGACAGAGCGCGGCUAUCUGCGCGGUCUGGCUGGAGGGGUGGCCUCAGUCUCAGUCUCCAUUGACAUUGUUGGAGAUAUAAGCGUUAUGUAA